AUGGUGAAAACCGACUUCGGCCCAUUUCCCAAACCAGAGCAGCUAAGGGAGAAGAAAUACUACAAACUCCAUAAUAUGUGGAAUCAUAAUACAGCCGAUUGUGUUAAGCUGAAGGAUCAGAUCCAAAUCUGGUUAAAUAACGGUAGUUUGCAAGUAGAGGCACCGAAAAUAGCAGCAGCGUUGGUGGACCUAGAUCCCUUCCCAGAUACCGGCAUCAACAUGGUGGACGUGGCAUGGGGUGAAAAAGAUCAGCAGAAUCAAAGUCCAGACCAUGCUGCUAAGGAUUUGAAAAAGGUUGGAGACAAAGUCAUGAAGCGGGAAUCCAAGACUCGUUUACCCAUCGUCCUAUUCUCGCGGUGCAAGGAAGAAUGUGACACUCAAGCCCUAGAUGAGGAAACAUCCCAGACGACAGCUUUGGAUCUCUGCCGCCAAUACGAUUAG